AUGGGCUCUUUAGCAAGCGAAAUACCUCAUCCCUUUGACCCUCUAUCAUUGGAAGAAAUCGAGACAGUUAUCACAUCCGUCAAAAAGACACACGGAGAUGUCUUCUUCAAUGUCGUCUCACUGCACGAGCCGCGCAAGGCCGAGAUGAGUGCGUGGCUUGCGGAUCCAGAGAAGGCCCCCCGUCCAGUGAGAGUAGCGGAUGUGGUAGUCAUCGCCCCUGGCGGCAAGGUCUUUGAUGGCCUGGUGGAUAUCAAAACGGCGAGCAUCACGCACUGGGAACAGCUAGAUGGCCUCCAGCCCAUUAUCACCAUGGAAGAGCUACAAGCAGUGGAACAUGUUUGCCGGACCGAUCCUGGUGUGAUCGAGCAGUGUCAGAUCAGCGGGAUCCCCAAGGAGGACAUGCACAAGGUCUACUGCGACCCGUGGACAAUCGGAUUCGACGAGCGACAUGGCUCAAAGGUCCGCUUGCAACAGGCACUCAUGUACUACCGGCCCAACGUAGAUGAUUGCCAGUAUCAGUAUCCGCUAGACUUUUGCCCGAUCUACGACUCCGACAAGCAGGCCAUCAUCGCUAUUGAUAUACCCAAGGUGCGACGACCACUCAGCACGGCCCCUGCUAUCAAUUACACCCCCUCGCACGUCAACGAAAAGGAGGGCGGCUACAGAGAUGAUCUGAAGCCUAUCAACAUCACACAGCCCGAAGGUGUAUCCUUCAAGUUGGCUGGAAGGGAGAUUGAGUGGCAGAGUUGGAAGAUGCACAUUGGCUUCAACUACCGAGAAGGCAUCGUCUUGAACAACAUUACAUACAACGACAAAGGAACAGUCCGCCCCAUCUUCUACCGAUUGUCACUGGCCGAGAUGGUGGUACCUUACGGAAACCCCGAGCAUCCGCACCAGCGGAAACAUGCCUUCGACCUUGGCGAGUACGGUGGCGGAUACAUGACCAAUAGUCUCGCACUCGGCUGCGAUUGCAAGGGCAGCAUCCACUACCUUGAUGCGCAUUUCCCUACUCGCGCAGGCGGCGUGCGAACCAUCAAGAAUGCCAUUUGCAUUCACGAGGAGGAUGACGGGAUUUUGUUCAAGCACAGCGACUUCAGAGACGAUUCUGUGAUCGUGACUCGGGCCCGCAAGCUCAUCAUCCAGCAGAUCUUCACCGCAGCGAACUACGAGUACGCGAUCCAGUGGGUCUUCCACCAAGACGGAACCAUCCAGCCCGAGAUCAAACUCACAGGCAUCCUGAACACGUACGCCAUGAAUGCCGACGAGGACCCUUCGCCAUGGGGAACACAGGUCUACCCGGGCGUCAACGCCCACAACCACCAGCAUCUUUUCUGCCUGCGCAUCAACCCUAACGUCGACGGACCCAACAACACGGUCUACAUGACGGAUACCGUACCGUCUGAUGCCGCGGUCGGCAGCCCCGAGAAUUACUACGGCAACGCUUUCUACGCCAAGAAGACCAAGCUCGCAACCACAGGCCAGUCAAAGACGAACUACAACGGUGCCACCUCGAGGACGUGGGAUAUCUGCAACGACAGCAAGCUUCACCCUUACAGCAAGAAGCCCUCGUCGUACAAGCUCGUCAGCAGGGAGGUGCCAAACUUACUGCCAAAGGAGGGCUCGCUAGUGUGGAAGAGGGCUGGAUUCGCCAGACACGCCGUGCAUGUGACAAAAUACUCCGACGACCAGCUCUGGCCCGCAGGCCGCCACGUCCCGCAGACCUCCGGAGAGCCAUCACGCGGCCUGCCGGAGUGGAUCGGCGAAGGCACCGAGUCCAUCGACAACACGGACAUCGUCCUCUGGCACACCUUCGGCGUGACGCACAUCCCAGCGCCCGAGGACUUCCCCGUCAUGCCCGCCGAGCCGAUGACGCUGCUGCUGCGCCCGCGGAACUUCUUCACCAACAACCCUGUCAUGAAUGUCCCUCCGAGCUACGUCACCAUCCCGAGCCAGAUCGCGGCCAAGAAGGAGGCGAUUAUUGACGCUACGGAUAAAGUUAGCAAGAUGGCAUUUGGUGAGAGCUGUUGCGCCGGGUCGAACGGCACGAAUGGGGCAAACGGGUCGAAUGGUGUUCAUUAA